UAUCUUGAACUAGAUAUAACUUGAUUGGAACUAAGUACUGUUCAUUAACAUUACAAUACUUGUCGUGAAUCCUUGAAGUAUAGUAAACUAUGUCUUUUUAGAAGUAACAGGUCUUACGAAAUUGCAUCACUUGAUCACUUUGGGAUACAUAACCUUACCUAACUCUUUGUCCAAAGCACAGCUCACUGUGCCACGGGAGAGAAAGUGCAUUCAAUUGCAUCCGGCUUUUAACGCUCCACAGGAAUCCACUCACCUUCCCAAAACUAUCAGAAACCCCGUUCCUUCGCUUUAAAAUACACUUCCUCUCGCUUAUCUUAACAUCAAACCCCAUUCGGAUGGCCAAUCAUUUACAAAUGACCACCACCACGAACCCAAAAACCCCAACGCUUUCCAAAUCGUUCCUCUACGUGCCCUCGUGCACCGUUUUCGGAGACGAACGCCACCACGUACGAAUUGACCACACGUACACGGGGGAACUACGGCAAUUCCCGAGAAUCAACUAACCUGACGGUUUGGAUGACGAUCGUGACCUCUCUCGCCCAUCCAACGGCGGGAAGGUCAUAGCAAAGAUGCAUGAACGUGAUCUUCAACCUGACAAUGGUGUCAACGUGUCGCCGAUCGGUAUAUAAAGCUGGUUCGGCAGCUAAACUGGGACAAGUCGAACAAGUGAGACUCUAUCCAGAAUGUGCUCCAAACGUACCGGUUGCGUCGGGUUGCUGUGGCUGGCGUGUGUGAUGCUGGGUGUUGAAGCGAACGCCACCUCCAAUUGCACCGUCACAACCUUUGACGAUGCACUGCAGGAAUGUGCCAUCCAGCUCGGUAUACCACAGGAAAGACUGGAGAAGGAGUACAAGCUGCUGCUCUAUCCAGCCGAUCGGGAUAGUAUGUGUUUGGUGAGAUGUAUAGGAAUCCUGUUGCGCUUUUGGAAUGAUACGACCGGACUGAGGGAGGCUACGAUCCGCCAGUACUAUCAACCUGCACCGGAGGAUCUUUGCUACCAGAACCGAACGCAGCUGUGUUUGGAUGCAUUGGAACCGACCGUGACGGACGUUUGUGAGCGGGCGCAUCGAUCAUUCCUUUGCUACCAUCAACAGUAUGGCUUUCUGAAGCGAGAAGAUCGCUACAUUCCCAAGACAGCGCUCGAGAUGAAACAGAUCCAGCAGGAUUGUUUGGAUGUGUUUGGUUUGUCGCCGAGACGGUUGGACCAGUACCAGGAUGGCCAUUUUCCGGACGAUCCUGAAACGCAAUGUUUCGUCAGGUGCGUUGGACUGAAGACGGGACUCUACAGUGAUCGGGAUGGACCGAAUGUGGAGCGGUUGUACAUCCAGUGUGACUCGUGUGCUGAUGAGGCGGUGUUCCGGGAGCGUGCCAACGAAUGUGUUGCGGCUCAGCGACGACACAAGCUGAGCAAGUGUACGGCAGCCUACAGGACACUUUAUCAAUGUUUCCGAGACGAUCAACUUGAUCUGUAUGCGAGCAUUACGACUACAGCGGCUCCUACUUCUAAGGGCUAUAGAACCACGACUACAUCGAAAAGUCCUCCGAAUGUGAUUCCGGCACUCUCCGUGAGGGAAACUGGAGAGCCACAGUAUCAUCUGGUGCCGUCGCAGUUUGAGAUCAUUCUCAAGAGUCUUUACAACCGAAAUUAUUAACCUUUUCUUUGGGGUGAUCCUCAGAAAAGUCUUUUAAAAACUAUUUAAAAUUAUUUAUUAUAGAUAAAACACACUUUUUUUAAAUAAAAAGCUCACUUCAUGGGAAGAUCGUGUCCUAAAAAAAUAGUUGAAAAAGACUGAGAAUAUUUCAACAA